AUGGAACACCACCACAAGCCCGGCCUGCGCGUGCGCCUCCGCAUCACCGCCGCGCGGCGCCGCGCGUGGCUCUCCGCCGGCCUGCGCUCCACCUGCCGCAAGCCUUCGCGCCGCGACCCCUCGGACUCCGUCCACAAGGUCGCGCGCCGCGAGAUCGGCGGCGGCCACCGACGCCCGCCGCGGCCCGCGGCGCCCUCCUCGUCCGCAUUCUCGUGCCCCGAGAAAUUCCGCAACUUCCAGCUCCAGGAAGAAUAUGACACCUAUGAUGAUGAGGUCCAUUUUCUUGUCCAGUUGCCAUUUUUGUGGACCAGAACAAAAAUUAUUGAAAUUGUUGCAGCAAAGGAUGUUAUAUUUGCACUUUCACAGUCAGGUCUAUGCGCUGCAUUUAAUCGAAUUUAUGAAUCAGACCGUUUCAGUUCAUUGAAGUGCAGAACAACACCUAUAGAGUACAUCAGAAAAGGUCAACGGAAUGAUGGAUUUCCUUUAUUUGAAACUGAAUCACUAAAAUAUCCUGGUUUUGUUGAGUUUGAUGAUGUUAAUGGCAAAGUAUUGACCUUUUCGGCCCAGGAUAGUACUUACAAAGUUUUUGAUCUAAAGAACUACAACUUUCUGUAUUCCAUAUGCGACAAGAAUAUCCAGGAGAUAAAGAUAAGUCCUGGAAUCAUGCUCGUGAUUUAUCAGAAGACAAACUGUCAUGUUCCACUGACUAUAUUGUCAAUUGAGGAUGGAACUCCACUGAAAACCUUCAAUCAGCUGCUGCAUCGAAAUAGAAAGGUUGAUUUCAUCGAGCAGUUCAAUGAAAAGCUUCUCGUGAAGCGAGACAAGGAAAAUCUCCAGAUUAUCGAUGUUAGGCACUCCGAUCUAAUUGAAGUCAACAAAACCGAGUUCAUGACUCCCUCAGCAUUCAUCUUUCUCUAUGAAAACAAUCUAUUCCUGACAUUCUGCAAUAGGACAGUUGCAGCCUGGAAUUUUCGUGGAGAGCUAGUUACAUCAUUUGAGGACCAUGAGUUGUGGCAUCCUAACUGCAAUACAAACAAUAUAUACAUCACUGCUGACCAGGACUUGAUUAUCUCAUAUUGCAAAGUUUCAAAGCAGAGCACAGAUUGUGCUGACAGUGAAGCUGGAGAAGCUCGGCGACAUCCUCGAUCACAUGGACGAGCCCGCCUCCUCUACCUCCUCCGCCGCCUCGCGCUCUCCGCCGAGGCCCGCAACGCAGCGUUCCUCCCCAUCCUCGGCAGCCAUGAGGUCAUGAACGUCUCCGGCGACUUCCGCCGCCACGCCGCGCAGGCCUCUAGGAGUUCUCCGCUGGGCGGGUGGUACCCAAGGCGGAUCCGACGCCGGCGGAUGAACGAGCCACCAUGGGCGGCCGGCGCGUGCUCCACCUGGCGCCGGGCGAGCUGCGCCGUGCGGGUGGCCUCCGCCUCCGUCCUCGUCGCACGCCUCCGUGUGAGCGGACCGGCCCCGGGUUCGGUUCCCAUGGAGCCGGCCUCCUCGUCCGAGCCUCCUCCUCUGGCGGAGGCGGCGGCGAGGCGGAGGCUGCCGGAGGAGCUGAAGCUGCGGCGGAGGACGCUGGAGUCGGUGCUGGAGCAGUGCCAGCGCGCGCUGGAGAUGAUGCACGAGGCCGAUCUGGGGGAGGCUGCGGAGGGGGCAAGCUUCAAGGAGGUGGAGGUGGAGGAGGAGGGGGGCGGCGACGGCGGCGGGGACGAGGACGAGGGGGCGCCGCCGCCACCUCCCUCGGAGACCGACUACGAGGCGGACGAGCUGUGUGAUCUUCUGAAAUCAAGGGUUCAAUCACCUGAAUUUCUUGAGAAGCUAGAUACCCUUCAGAAGUCAGUAUAUCAACAUGGUGCAGUGGAUGAAACGGUAUCAUGGGAUAUUAUAAGUGCUGCAGAUAUAUGGGAUGAUAAGAGUAUGAAUGUUAGUGAUGAUUCAGAGGACGGAUAUGUUCUUGUUAAGCAAGAGGACAUAGUUGAUGCUCUUAGCAAGACAUUUUCAACUAAAAAGAGGAAAAGCAAGCUGCAGAAGGCAUGGGAUGGAACGAAAGUUGUUUACAAUAUGGCAUCAUGGAGCGCGACGGCCAUUGGGGAGAUAUAG